AUGGAUAAACUCCCCCAAGAGGUCAUCGACCGGAUUGCCCGCCAUCUCUUCCCAAGAGCAGGAAGCAACACGAAGCAAAGGGACUCGUUAAGUGCGGCCACCUACGCCACCAUCUCACUUUUGUGGCAACGUGCCAUCGAGAAGAAGGCCUUCACACUUGUCAAGAUUCGGUCACCGGAAGAUGACCUGAUGUUGAGGCAAAUCAUGGUCCGAAACCCCCACCGCCGUGAAUGUGUUCGGUUCAUCAAAUACAACAUCGACCUCGACCGCCCAGAGAGAGUCACACAUUUCCCCUUUGCCAGAGACCGAUAUCUCGUCUCCAAGGUUCGGAAUAUCAUCGAACUUGUCAACCUCAUCCGGAUCAAGGAUCUGCCCAUCUGUCCGGCUGUAACACAACUCCAGAUCACCUAUGACGAGGACAUAAACCUGCGGUUGACAAGGCCACGCAGAAACUUUUACGCGAAACCGUCAGAUAUUCCACCAGUGUGGAUCGCGGGGAUUCUGCCCAAGUUUCCAAGCGCAGAGAACUUUGUAUGGGAAUUGCACGAGAUCCUGGACCAAGGUCAGCAAAGGACCCAACUUCGCACAGAACCUGAAGACCCUCUCAACGUGGCAAUCCGCACCUUAUCCCAACAGCUGGAUUCCCUCCAAGUCAUUGGGAUCUUCACGGCCACACCGGAUCUCUUCACAAGCUACAAAGUACAAGCCGGCGAUAAACAGCCCUACUGGCCUCGCUUAGAAAACCUCUAUAUCGAAUCAACGAACUGGACCUACAACGGAAGAUGGUACAUAAAAGCAAACAAUCUGACAAUGCUCUAUCAUAUCAACGACUUCUUGCGCAAUUCAACCCCAGAAUUCAACAGCCUGAUGGUGGCAGUCUCCCAGGGCAUGCUCAACAUGCCCAAACUCCAGAAGCUCGACCUCAGCUUCCGUUUCCCACGCUUUGACACAGGUGGACCUAUCGAUAAGUAUCUGUUCGAGGACGCACACGGCGAUUAUUGCAAUUCGCUGCUCUUCCACGUCAUUCGUUACCGCCGGGCUUCAAGCGAGUGGUUGGAGCUGGCUGAUUGCAAGGCAGCUGGGCAAACGUAUUGCAACCUUGACCUUUUUAACUGCGAGCGCCGCCAUAAAUAUGGACCCGGAAAGUUCGAUGUCCAACCUAUUUAUUGGCGUCCUUUUCCUGACCAAGCGAUCAGGAACUGGAACACGUUGCAUAGGAGGAUUAAGGGCUUGACUCCUCUGCUGGAAUGGAGGAGCCCUUAUGCUAACCCGGAGCUUCGCGAGGUUGAACCGAGAGAGGGAAUAUGGCCCUACGCGGAGAAGGAGAAGAGAAAGAGAAGCGGGUUGCCAUGGUGGAGGGGAGUGUAG